AAAUGAUAAGUUGAGGGACUAACAGGUAAAGAAGUAAACACGUUUUCUUAUUAACCGUGUGAUCUUUUUCGCAUCUGGAACAAGCGAGAAGCUCUGAUAUCCCUUAAAAUUAAAAUUACACUUUUCUCGUCUUCUUCGUCAAAAAUCCUCUUCACCGAGUCAUCUUCUCUCCGAUCAAAAAGUCAUUCAAGUGAUCAGGUUACACAGGAAGUAAGAUUUGAGGUUUGAGAAGCACAAGAGAACAAGAAGGAACCUAAUCAGUCUCAAUUUACUCGGCUUGAUCAAAUUGAAACUGCAGCUAAUGGCGCUUAACCCUCAGUUGAUGCCUAAUGGGAUGCCUGUUCCCUUUGUUAAUGAGAUGUUUGUUCUUGUCCGAGACGGCGUUGAGUUUGAAGUCGACAAGAUUCCUGGAGGACAUGGAGGUCAUGUUAAGGCCAAGGGAGUGAUAUACUUGUCUAACAUUCGGAUGGUCUUUGUUGCAAGCAAGCCUGUUGAGAACUUUGUUGCUUUCGACAUGCCUCUGCUUUACAUCCACGCCGAGAAAUUCAAUCAGCCAAUCUUCCACUGCAACAAUAUAUCUGGACAAGUCGAGCCUGUGGUACCAGAGAACGAGCACAGAGCACUGUAUUCAACACACAGUUUCAAGAUCUUGUUCAAGGAAGGUGGUUGCGGGACGUUCGUUCCUCUCUUUUUGAAUCUCAUAUCAUCAGUGAGGCAGUACAACAGACAAAUGCAGCAAGCGGCAGAAACAGCAGCGGCAGCUCCACGUGUUGAUCCCCUUCAAGCCGCACAGACCCCUGUUGAUGAGAUGAUGAGACAUGCGUACGUUGACCCUAAUGAUCCAACGAAGAUAUAUCUGCAGCAGCCAUCUGGGGAGUCUCAGUUGAGGCGGCGAGCUUACCAUUCCAGUGCAGCGGAACACUGAUGAGACAUAUACACCGAAACUACAUGAGGGUGGUGCCAUACACAUACGCAGCAACACAUUAAGUGUUGCAAAUAAGUUAAAAGCGUUGUUGGUUUGUUGAUCAAACAUAAAAAACUAAAACUACUUUGUGUAAUGAGAAAGAAAAGACUUGUUGGUUAUGCUGUAUAUGUGAAAAUUUGGAUUCUCUAUAAUAGUAAAAAGUGUUUCAA